AUUUUGUUGUGGCUUUGAGCGGUCGAGGUCGCUUGUUUGUUCAUGUGUUCGUGAGAGGAAAAGAAAGUACACGUACACACACAAAACACACAUUUGUAGCAUUUGUUUAACUCAAACAUCGUUGAUGUUUUAAAGAAAACCAUUUUAAAAAACUUCUUUGCCUCGCAGAUCCGUUUUUAAAAUAUAUAUAUAUCUAAAAAGAGCGAGCGAGGCCUAAGGGCGGAAGACGAUCCGGGCAGGAAGGCCUGAGUACCGAGGAUUAAGAGGAAAACAUUCAACAUCAGGCCGAACAAAAAGGCUUCUAACGUUCAGAUUCGACCGAUUAAGGCACCCUAUCAUUUUAAGGUGACAAUCAGAAAAGAUGGCAGAUGAUUUGGAUAUUGAAGCAAUGCUCGAGGCACCAUACAGGAAGGAGGAUGAGAACAAAUCGAGCAAAGCCAAUGGACAAGAGGAGCGCAGUAAAAAGAAAAAGAAGAGCCGAAGUCGCAGUCACAGUCGUGAAAGGAAAAGAAGCAGAAGCAAAGAGCGCAGGCGCAGCAAAGAGCGAGACAGGCGGAGAAGCAGGAGCAGGGAGAGAAAGAGCAGCAAGAGUAGAGAACAUCGUCGCAGCCGAAGCAAGGACCGCCGGAGAGUAGAGAGAGGCCGCUAUCGGAGCCCAUUGGCCAAAAUAUAUGAAUCAAAACUUAACUGUAGUGGGCAACAUCCACAAUACAUUUCAACGGAUCUCAGGCAGAGUUCUGGUCCAAAAUUCAGCAGUGGUAGCAGCAGCAGAGGGAAGAUUGGCAUGCAACCCGGUAUCAAAAUAAGUCGAAGGCGCUCAAGAAGCAGAAGCCCACAUAAAAAGGAUAAAAGUCCAAUAAGGGAGCCAAUCGAUAAUAUUUCUCCUGAAGAAAGAGAUGCCCGAACUGUGUUCUGUAUGCAACUUGCAGCACGAAUUCGACCGAGAGACUUGGAAGAAUUCUUUUCAUCUGUGGGAAAGGUUCGAGACGUCAGAAUGAUAUCAGAUAGGAACUCAAGGCGUUCAAAAGGAAUUGCUUAUGUGGAAUUUGUUGAUGUGAGCUCAGUUCCACUCGCCAUCGGCUUGACUGGGCAGAAGCUGCUUGGUGUGCCAAUUAUUGUUCAGGCUUCACAGGCUGAGAAGAACCGAGCAGCAGCUCUUGCUAACAACCUACAGAAAGGCACAGCAGGACCAAUGAGGCUAUAUGUAGGAUCGUUACACUUCAAUAUUACUGAGGAAAUGUUGAGAGGAAUUUUUGAGCCCUUUGGGAGAAUUGAAAAUAUCCAACUGAUGAUGGAUAGUGAAACCGGGCGGUCAAAAGGUUAUGGAUUCAUAACAUUUUCUGAUGCUGAGUGUGCAAAGAAGGCUUUGGAACAGUUGAAUGGCUUUGAACUUGCUGGUAGACCAAUGAAGGUUGGUCAUGUUACAGAGCGAUCAGAUUCAUCCAAUGCAAGCUCGUUCUUGGACAGCGAUGAACUGGAGAGGACUGGCAUUGACCUUGGAACGACAGGACGCCUACAGUUGAUGGCUAGGCUUGCAGAAGGAACAGGGUUGCAAAUUCCCCCAGCAGCACAGCAAGCAUUGCAGAUGAGUGGCAAUAUUUCAUUGGGUGCCAUGGCAGCAGUAACGGACUUGCAAGCAAGAAUUAUCCAACAGACUGAAGCACUGAAUCCUCCUGUGACUGUAAAUACCCCACCAAUAGCGACGCAGUGUUUUCAGCUCUCCAACAUGUUUAACCCACAGUCGGAAGAUGAUCCAGCCUGGGACCAAGAAAUUCGCGAUGAUGUGAUUGAAGAAUGUAAUAAACAUGGAGGUGUAAUUCACAUAUUUGUGGACAAAAAUUCGCCCCAGGGAAAUGUCUAUGUGAAAUGUCCGACUAUUGCUGCUGCAGCUGCUGCUGUUGGUGCCUUGCAUGGAAGGUGGUUUGCUGGAAAAAUGAUCACGGCUGCAUAUGUGCCACUUCCAACUUACCACAAUCUCUUCCCAGAUUCAUUGACAACUACCCAGCUGUUGACUCCAGCAAGACGAUAGGAGCUGCAAGGAAACUGCAUUACUGCACUCACUUCUAAUUUGGAGGAAAGUGGACAAUUAUAUAGUGGUCACCUGUACAGAUGAUACACGUGAAAAGUACUGGGGGAUUCUUGCACAGCCCCAAAUGAACUGAUGAUAAAUGUUUUUUUUUCUAUCUUGCCAAGCCCCAGUGGAAGGAAAUAAAAUGGCAGAAGUAGAUUUACACAAA